GGAUGAUAUGCAUCAACGAGUGUCGCUUUCCUGUCGUGGAUGACGGGACUUGUGACGAUGGCGGCAACGGUUCGGAUAACGCUUUCUGUGCAUUGGGACAUGACUGUGAUGACUGUGGCGACAGAAACGGAGUAUGCGAGAAUGAUUGUUAUGAGGUUGAUUUGCUAUCUACUUUUGAUGGUUACUGUGACGACGGUGGCGAAGGUUCCCACGGCAACUAUUGUCCGUACGGCCACGACUGUUAUGAUUGCGGGUUGCGACCAGCAGCUAAAAUAUGCAAAGAUGAGUGUUUCUCUGAUCAUAACGACGACGGAGCCUGUGAUGACGGAGGACCCGAUUCUCAUACUGACCUAUGUGCGCUGGGUACUGACUGCCGAGACUGCGGGGAAAGAAUCAACGGCCUGUGUUUGAACACGUGUUUCGUUGACCGAACUAAUAACAGACUGUGUGAAGACGGAGAACCAGACGCCACUGAUUACGCAUGUGAGAAAGGGUACGACUGUACAGAUUGUGGACCACGCGAUUACACCUCCAUUGCGGGCCCUGACGAAGUAGGAACCAUAUGCACCAACUACUGUUCCACAGAUUUCACUAAAAACGGUAAUUGCGAUGACGGUGGCGUUGGAUCGGUGUCAUCGUAUUGCCCCGAGGGAUACGACUGCGCUGACUGCGGGGAAAGAAAUGGGAAAUGUGAAAACGAGUGCGCCAUUAGUUUUAUCAACGAUGGGAUAUGUCAAGAUGGCGGACCCAAUGACGCGGGAAACAUUAAUGUCUGUAUGUUUGGCUACGACUGCGCUGACUGUGGAGUACAACAGCUGAGCUCCGGAUUAUUACAGUGCUAUACGUGCGAGGGCGCGGAUUCUUCCAUUUUCCAGAAAAAUGAAGAUUGUUUCAAACCAACCAUAUGCAACUGGGAUGAAAAUUACUGUUACGUAGAGGUCAGAGGAACUGGUGACAACGUACUGGUUAAGAAGGGAUGUGCUAAAGAGCCUGCCUGUCUGGACAGCGAAUUUGAUUUCUAUGGAAAUCAGUACCAAACACUUGUGUGUUCGGCAACCAGUGUAUCUACCAGCGAGGAGAGGGGUGUGUACUUACUACCACACUUGGUUGUAUGCGUAAUCGUGAUGUGUAAGGCGGUGACUUACUGUGUGUUGCUGGUGUUUGUAGCGUUAUUGUAUGUGAACCUAUGCCAAGGUGAAAUAUGCAGGGACGUGUGCAUCCAGUAUUUAGGCAACGAUGGGUCAUGUGACGACGGUGGAGAUGGGGCAGACACUGACAACUGUACUUUGGGACAUGACUGCACUGACUGUGGGGACAGGAAUGGCGUAUGUGAGGACGACUGUUCUUAUGUUGACUCUGCCCAUUCCUUCGAUGGUUACUGUGAUGAUGGUGGACCUACAUCACAUACAAAUAUGUGUCCCUAUGGCAACGAUUGCUACGACUGUGGAUUGAGAGAAGCAGUUGAUAUAUGCGAAGACGAGUGCGUCUCUGAUAACAAUUAUGAUGGGUCAUGUGACGAUGGGGGAAGUGGUUCGGAUACAAGUCUAUGUCAGCUAGGCACUGAUUGUGGAGACUGUGGACCAAGGGAUAACGAUUUGUGUUUGAACACAUGCUUCGUUGAUGCAACAAACAAUGGUGAUUGUGAAGACGGCGAAGAGGGCGCAGUUGAUAAUAUUUGUAACAAGGGAUACGAUUGCACAGACUGCGAACCGCGUGACUAUACGACUAUAGAGGGCGUAACCGAAGGGGAAGGCACUGUGUGUUCAGACUACUGUGUGUAUGAUUUCACGUCGGAUACCUUCUGUGAUGACGGCGGUGAGGGCGCUGAAGAAGUUCAAUAUUGCGCACUUGGGCAUGACUGUGAUGAUUGUGGGGACAGAAACGGUGUUUGUGAAAAUGACUGUCUACUAAGUGUGACUAACAACGGCAUAUGUGAAGACGGUGGGCCAAAUGACGAAGCUGGAAUUGAUUUAUGCAGAUUUGGCUAUGACUGUGGUGAUUGCGGCGAACAGCAACUCAGUGCAGGGUUGUUACAGUGUUACGUGUGUGAUGACCCAGAAUAUGAAAACGUCAUGGUUUCCAAUGACAACGCCAAUUGCUUCAAACCUAAACUAUGCAACCCCGGGGAAGACUAUUGUUAUUCUGAUAUUCAAGUAACAGGUGCUGAUUUCCUAAUAGAGAAGGGCUGCUCGUCAGCGCCAGAUUGUUCCGAUGUCGAAUACGAAGACAGCGAGGAUUCGUGCCAGACCAGCCGCCAUAUUUGUUAUGAUUUGAACCUUUGCAACGAAAAUACAGCGCACAUGGCCACAUUCCAAGGCGUGGUCUUGCUAGCAUCGAUAUUUUUCUCUGUAUAUACCUACUAG